GGAGCAAAAUACCUUUGAUCCACACAGACCUCUUCCAUUUAUGUGCUUUAGCAAUCUACUGCCAGUAAUUGAAGCUAUCUAGCUUCUUGAUUUUCUUUUACAACUGAUGUCAUUUUGGUUUCCAUCUCUGUCAGUUGGUAGGCAGAUAGAAGGAUGAACCCAAGUAGACGUCAUCCUUCACCUCCUACUUUCGUUUCAUCUCGGCUCUUGAAGCUUAGCCUCCUUCUGCUACUCAGCCUUCCUGACUCCAAAGGAAAAGCAAUAUGGACUGCUCAUCUGAACAUAACAUUCCAGGUGGGAAAUCGGAUUAUAUCAGAACUAGGCGAAAGUGGAGUGUUCGGGAAUCAUUCUCCUCUGGAAAGAGUAUCUGGUGCUGUGGUACUUCCUGAUGGAUGGAAUCAGAAUGCUUGUAAUCCACUCACCAAUUUCAGCAGACCUGAACAGGCAGAGUCGUGGCUGGCCCUCAUUGAAAGAGGAGGCUGUACUUUUACACAUAAAAUCAAUGUGGCAGCAGAGAAGGGAGCACAGGGGGUGAUCAUCUAUAACUAUCCAGGUACUGGCAACAAAGUGUUUCCUAUGUCUCACCAGGGAACAGAAAACAUAGUGGCAGUGAUGAUAGGCAACCUGAAGGGCAUGGAGCUAUUGCACUUAAUCCGGAAAGGAGUGUAUGUAAAUAUCAUCAUCGAAGUGGGAAGAGUCCACAUGCCCUGGCUGAGCCAGUGCAUCAUGUUUUUGUUUACCUUUCUGUCAACCACAAUUGCUUACAUUUUUUUGUACUGUGCUUGGAGAUCUGGCAUGCCCAUCUAUUCUGCCAGGAGGCGAAGACAAGUGAAAGCUAGUGUGAAGAAAGCUGUAGGCCAGCUUCAGCUUCGAGUGCUCACCGAAGGGGAUAAGGAGGUAGACCCACAUGAGGACACGUGUGUCAUUUGUUUUGAUGUAUACAAACCACAAGAUGUAGUGCGUAUUUUAACUUGCAAACAUUUUUUCCACAAGACGUGCAUUGACCCCUGGCUUUUAGCUCGUAGAACAUGCCCCAUGUGCAAGUGUGACAUCCUGAAAACUUAAGCACAGAGGACCUUCUGAAGAUGGGGCGGAUCUUUCCUAAGAUUGAGAUUAGAUGAAUUUUCUUACCUCGAUUUCUAUGGAAAGUGUCAA